UCAAAACAAAAUACUAGUCACGUGUGAUGCCAUUCAACCAAUAAGACGUCAGUAAAGAUGGAGUGGGGUGUCACUGGUCCUUUCAACGCGCUGCCCACAGAGCUUCUUGUCCUCAUCUUCAGGGAACUGUCCAAAUGAAGACAGGGGUGCCUGCUGUCAAGUCUGUAAAAGGUGGAGAGAGGUAAUCAUCUCUGAGCCCUCCAUGUGGCACAAGUUCGAAGUCAUUGUCCGUCCUGGCUGGAACUGGAAAAAAACGCGCUCAUUUUUUGGUCACAAAGGCCCCAGAUUGUACCAACAUGUCAGACACCUUGUAAUCAACUUGGACAGAAGAGCACAAGCACCACAAAUUGUUGAUGCGCCUCAGGCAAACGCUGUUCUCAGCUCAGUGUCCAAACUGUUGCGAGCCUUGCCUCAUGACAUGACACUGAGAAGUUUCUCUUGCUCGAGUUUCAAGUAUUACAAUGAUAGUAGAGACUGGAAAAGUCGUGUCAUCAAUGAGCGAAAUUUUCUGAGAACUCAGAGGAGAUUUUUAGAGCAUAUCGAAAUCACAUUCGAGCAUCUGACUGAUGAGAGAAUGAAGACCCUGGUGUUCGCCUACCCUCUCCUGAGACGCCUUACGAUUCUGAUUGAUGUAAGGCUUCAACUCGAUCUUCCAGACCGGAUCCCCCAGCUGACUCUUAAUGAGGUUGUCGACAAGAACCCUGACUUGCGGUUCGUGUAUUGGCACAUGUUGGGGGAUGACAUAUAUGGCUACAACAUGAUCCUUAGCAUGCCUCUGAUUCGAUUACCCGUCGAGGGACUUGUUGUCGAUGUCUGCAAUCUGAACACCAUCCCAGCCGCUGUCAAUUAUUACCUCGACACGAUGGCCAAGCGAUACGGAAACUAUCUAACUUUCCUGGAGUGGUCGUGUGUGGUGCGGGGCAACUGGUGCUAUAGCCCAGCUCUGGUGAACCUAGUGAACAAGUGUCCCAGACUGGCCUCCAUCUCACUGAAGAACAUCAUUCUCGAUCUGAAAACAGCGACAGCCAUCAGUGCCUACAGCGGCAGUGCCGAGCGAGGGAAGAUAAAGCUGCGAGUGGGAGGAAUCUAUGUCAGCAGGGAGGCAUCAUCCAAUGCGCUGGAAGAAGGCAUUCGACAGUUGAAGGACAGUCUCGAUCUUCAAAUAUUUAUGUAAGACCAAGCUUCUUGAAAAAAAGUUAAAGUGCGAGAAAAUGAUUGUAAGACAAUCACACAGGACCCCGAAGUGACCUCUCCGAUUUAAAACAAAUGAUAUCACAGAUGGUUCGCCUCUUCCAAAGUGAGACGUUUGCGAUUUGUUUGUGGCUGUCCAACCUUUGCAGUCAGAUGUUCCGAAAUGUUUGUAAAGGAGACAUG